UUUUUAGCUCCGUCGGCUCCAAGCCACCCCCUUACAACCGCCAUCGAAGAACCCGACUUGUUUAAUCCUCUCAACUCCGACCAUAAUCAGCGGGGCACUUUGUAUUUUCCCCGGGAGAAUUUCAUCUGAUUUAAAACUAAAGAAAGAUGGGGAAGAAUGAGAAGUCAGGGUUAGGGAGAGCCCUGGUGAAGCAUCACAAUUCAAUGAUACAACAAACCAAAGAGAAGGGGAGGUUUUAUAAGAGCCGGAACAAGAAGGUAUUGGAAUCUGUAACCGAAGUUAGCAACAUCGAUGCCGUCAUCGAGCAGGCCGAGGAAGCUGACCAGCUCUUCUCUAUCCACCACCCCACCCCUAACCUCCUCAUCAAUUUGGAUGCCAGCUCAAGCAUCAGUGAUAUGACACCCGAAGAAAGAAGAGAACAGCAGAAGAAAGAGGAGGCACUGCACGCGAACAGUCUCCGAGUUCCACGAAGGCCACCAUGGAAUGCAGCAAUGUCUGUUGAAGAGCUAGAUGCAAACGAGAAACAAGCUUUCCUAGUUUGGCGCCGCAGCUUAGCAAGACUUGAGGAGAAUGAGAAGCUUGUUCUCACACCAUUUGAGAAGAACUUGGAUAUCUGGAGGCAGCUUUGGCGGGUUCUUGAACGCAGUGAUCUGCUUGUGAUGGUUGUUGAUGCAAGGGACCCUCUUUUUUACCGCUGUCCUGAUCUUGAGGAAUAUGCUAAGGAGAUCGACAAGCAUAAGAGAACAUUGCUUCUUAUAAACAAGGCAGAUCUUCUGUCAGUUUCUGUUAGGGAAAAAUGGGCAAAAUAUUUUCACUCUCAUAAGAUUCUCUUUGUAUUCUGGUCUGCUAAAGCUGCUACUGCUGAAUUAGAAGGAAAACUGCUUACCGACCAAUGGAAAACGCAAAAUAGCCUGCAAAAGUGCAAUGAUCCUGAAACAAAAAUAUAUGGGAGAGAUGAACUCUUGGCUCGUUUGCAGUCCGAGGCAGAAGAAAUAGUCAGGAUGAAGAAAUCAGGCUCUAGUACCUCGAGGUCUUCUGAUAUUCAAUCUCCUAGAGGCAGUACUGAAGGAACUUCAGCACGAAAAAGUGUGAUGGUGGGAUUUGUGGGGUAUCCUAAUGUUGGAAAAAGUUCAACUAUAAAUGCUUUGGUUGGCCAGAAACGUACAGGCGUCACCUCAACUCCGGGGAAGACGAAACAUUUCCAGACAUUAAUAAUUUCUGAUGAGCUGACUCUAUGUGAUUGUCCUGGAUUGGUCUUUCCAUCCUUCUCAAGCUCGAGAUAUGAGAUGAUUGCUUCAGGGGUGCUGCCAAUUGACCGGAUGACGGAGCACAGGGAGGCUGUGCAAGUUGUUGCUAAUAGGGUCAAAAGGCACAUUAUCGAGGAUGUAUACAAGAUUAAGUUACCAAAACCCAAACCAUACGAAUCGCAGUCUCGGCCGCCUCUGGCCUCGGAGUUUUUGAGAGCUUACUGUGCUUCACGUGGGUAUGUUGCCUCUAGUGGAUUACCUGAUGAAACUAGGGCAGCCCGCCAAAUUUUAAAGGAUUACAUUGAUGGAAAGCUGCCUCACUAUGAAAUACCACCUGGUAUGUCUGAUGAAGAUGGAAGGGAAGAUGAUGGGAAGCCGAGCUUGACUGAAGUUCACGAUUCAGAUCCAUCUGACGUUGAAGAAUCGUUGGAAAAUGGAAUUGAAACUACACCUGUGUCGGAGCAUGUACUAGAUGAUCUUAGCUCGUUUGAUUUGGCUAAUGGACUCGCUUCGAAGAAGGUGACGGUUAAGAAAUCAAAUGCAUCCCAUAAGCACCACAAAAAUCCCCAGCGGAAGAAGGAUCGGUCAUGGAGAGUUGGGAAUGAUAAUGACGAUGGAAUGCCGGUAGUCCGAGUAUUUCAGAAGCCGGUGAAUUCGGGUCCCGUUAAUGGUCAAUGAAGCAUCAUUUGAUGAACUACUGGGAUAUAUCAGGGACUUUUCUUGCUUAACUGUAUGCUUCCUAUUAAAAGAAUCCGAGUACAUUUGUAGGUUUUCAAUUCAUUUUUAUCAGAUCAAAAGGAAAAUAUUUUAAAUUUA